UCUUCUUUUGCUGAGAGGUUUACAGAGUGUGAUUUCGUAUCCAUGUUUGCAUCCGAAGAGGAACAUGUAUAUUAUGCCACAUUCCUAAAUUUCUAUAAAACAUGUCCCUCUGGGCUUUGCUUUGUUCAAUACUAUCUCUCAUCAUACACUGCCAUAUAUUGCUUAGAGAAAACUACUUCAUUUAGAAGGUUUGUUUUUCAUGUAUGUAUGGCUGAUAUUGAAGCGAUGGGUACUUUUUGGGUAAUUGUCCAUUGUCUUAUGAUGUUUUGAUCUAUCAAAACUUGUCACUAAUAUUUGUCUAUCAAGAACCAAACAACUGAAAGCUUGUCCAUGAAUUAUUUGUGGUAGACUAUACAUGCACUUUACCAAUUUUAGUUGAUAAGUUUUUGAUAGACAAAAUAGCAAGUUUUAAUGGACAAAAGUACCAUUUUGUGAAAGUCGUAGAUCCUUGAACGACAAGUUUUCUCUCCAAUUGAUGUGUACCAAAAAAGUAAGGCAUAAAAUAUAACGGUGGCUAUGACAUGUUCUCUUUGCAUACCAAUUAACAUCAUCUUGACUAAGUCUACGACUUUCACAAAAUGGUUAUUUUAAAAAAAUGGUUAAGAGGUUUUGGGCUGGCAAACUCAUACAUCCUUAUAUAAUAAAACCAAGAUGUGUAACUUAACUCUCUUUUUGAAGAAUAGACUUUCCUCAUUGACAUUUUCUUUGUUCUUUCUUUCUUUCGUUUUUAAUCUCAUGUUUCCGUAAAUUAUUGGAAAAAGUAGAAAGCAAUUUUAUCUCGUUAUGCAGGCAAAUUGCUAUUAAUCCUACUUGCUACUAUUUUAGAACAACCUUUAGUUUGGUUUUAAUCCAUGAUUGUUGUAAAAUUAAAUCUUAUUUUAUAUCAUAUAAUAUAGACUGUGGGUGAAACGUGUAAAGAUGGAGUUCUCAAUAUAAUAGUGUACGACGAAUUGAAUGUCUUCCUCUCGCAUACAUACAUUACAAAACAUUCCUUUCUUAAAUGGUCAAAGCCUCCAUGCCUAAUGAUCACUAUAUAUAAGAACCCUUUACAUACACAUAUAAGCAGAUUACAUAUAUAUUUACAGCAAGCCGGCCUCGUGGGACAGAAAUAAAGGAGCCUGCGAUGCAGGCCAUGCGGCUGCGCACCCUCAUGCUCUGUGAGGAACUCUCACUUCCUUCGUUUCAAGUUAUAGUGGUAAACGCAGAUGUGGGAUGUGACCAUUGUCAAGACAGAGUCUCUAAGAUUGUCUCCAAGAUGACCGGAAUAGAAGAAUAUGUGGUUGAUGUGAAGAACAAGCAGGUCAUGGCACGAGGUGACUUUAAACCACGUUUGGUUUCUCAUCAACAAGUGAAGAACGUCGCCUCUCAAACUCUCUCCCAUAACGCCAAACGCUUUUUCCGACCACUUAACCUCUUCCUUCGCUCAAUAUUCUCCAUUUGUUUAUGUCCAAAUACACUUUAAGUUCUAUCACUUACUGCCAAACUCAUUACACUAAUCAAUAGUGGUACAAAGCAA